UUCCGGUCCUGCGUGAUUUCCGGAGCGGAUUGGAACCCGGAGUGCGGAUUCGGUUCCCCCGCGGCGGGGGUUCCCCGGGAGAGGGGAUUAUAAUGGCACAAGAAGCAAUAGAUGAAUCAAUGUUCAUAUGGUGUGAGGACUGUGGCCAGUACCAUGACUCGGAGUGUCCAGAGCUGGGUCCAGUGGUGACCGUCCAGGACUCUUUUGUGCUGAGUAGAGCCAGAUCAUCUAUUCCUUCCAACCUGGAAAUCCGAAACGUUGGAGAUGGCACAGAGGGUGUGUUCGCUGUCACUUCACUGGUCAAGCGCACUCAGUUUGGGCCGUUUGAAUGUAAAAGAGUUGCCAAAUUAGUCAAAGAACCCGUCUUUCCUCUGAAGGUGUUCCAGAAGGAUGGCGUGGUGAUGCUGUUUGACACCUCUAGUGAGUAUGAAUGUAACUGGAUGAUGCUGGUGAGGCCAGCGAUGGAUUUCAGCCACCAGAACCUGACCGCAUUCCAGCAUGGCAAUGACAUCUUUUUCACUACCUCCCGGGACAUUGCGGCCGGCACAGAGCUGCGAGUGUGGUACGCCGCUUUCUAUGCAAGGAAGAUGGAGAGACCUCUGCUGAAACCUCCUAUGCCCUGUCACAAUGUGGUGGGGUUUUUGGCAGCUGAACCCGUAAAAGAGGUCAACGCAACUUCUUCAAAAAACAACCGGAUCACCUCAUCAACCUCCAAAAAAACAAAGGCUGCUCGCACUCUAGCCGCAUACACGUCCAGGACAAGGAAGAACUGCUCGGGUGCCAUGACAGUUACCUGUCAGGAGAACAGUGACAUCAUCCAUGUGGAAACCUGCGAGUGGGCAUGUAAAGUGUGCAAUACCACCUUCCUCGAACCCAACCUGUUGACAGAGCAUUUACUAAGCCACCUGGAGCAAGCAAAGUCAAUCUCUCCAUCCGAGUCCUGUGAGCCGACUUUUACCGAGGGAGACCCCGGAAGUGCUCCAGCCGAGCAGCCCGUCAUCUGCAGCGCUCCACUCGCUAAUACAGGGGUGACCAAGAAGAAGCAGAAGAAGGGAAGGAAAUCCAAAAGCACAAAGGCCAAUAUUCCUCUCGUGAUUGUCGAGGAUGACAGCCCUCCAGCACAUCAUCCUAUUCUUUACAGUCCAGUUUUUCCAUCCGACCGGGUGGCCGAAAUCAUCACCGAAAUCCCUCCUGACGAGGUGCCGCUGCCGCACGACUCUGACGACAAGUUCAUGGAGCUGAUGUUGGGAAAACUGCCCACUGCCAACAACAGCUUGGCACCCGUCUCCAAGUUUGCAUUCCACCAGGGGAGCAAUUCCCUAAAAAGGGGGAUGCUGCUUUCUAGCACACGGCACAUGAGGAGGAAAUUUGUGCGUCAGCUCGGCGAUCACAAACGUGUCUUCCAGUGCAACAUUUGCUCGAAGGUUUUCCGAAAUAGCAGCAACCUGAGCCGUCACGUCCGAUCCCACGGUGACAAGCUCUUCAAAUGUGAAGAAUGUUCUAAACUGUUCAGCCGUAAAGAGAGUCUGAAACAGCACGUGUCGUAUAAGCACAGCAAGAACGAGGCUGAUGCAGAUUACAGGUAUCGGUGUGCCAUCUGUGAAAAGUCCUUCAGGGUAGAGGCCUUCCUGGAAUUCCACAACUGCAGGACAGACGACAAGUCCUUCCAGUGUGAAAUGUGCUACAGAUUCUUCUCCACCAACAGCAACCUAUCUAAGCACAAGAAGAAACACGGGGAGAAAAAGUUUGCCUGCGAGGUGUGCAAUAAGCUCUUCUACAGGAGAGAUGUCAUGUUAGAGCAUCAGCGAAGGCAUCUGGAAGGUGUAAGGAGGGUGAAGCGGGAGUCCAUCCAACAGGCAGCCGAUAACUCCAUAAAGUACAAGAAGGAACCAUCCGCAUGUCCUGUGUGUGGGAAAAUGUUCUCCUGUCGCAGUAAUAUGAACAAGCACCUCCUCACUCAUGGAGACAAGAAAUACACCUGUGAAAUCUGCGGGCGCAAAUUCUUCCGAGUGGACGUCCUCCGAGACCACAUCCACAUCCAUUUCAAGGACAUCGCCUUGAUGAACGAUCAGCAGCGGGAGGAGUUUAUCAGGAAGAUUGGCAUUUCCUCGGAAGAAAACGACGACAACUCCGAUGCCAGCGAGGACUCUGAGCCCCACAAGUAUGCCUGCAAGAGGUGCCAGAUCUCCUUUGCUCGGGGGAAGGAAUACUUGAAGCACAUUAUGGAUGUCCAUGCUGAGAAUGGGUACAACUGCAGCAUCUGUCACCGCAGGUUUGCCCUCAAAGCAACAUACCAUGCGCACAUGGUCAUUCACCGCGAGAACCUACCUGAUCCAGAAGUGCAAAAAUACAUACAUCCGUGUGAAGUUUGUGGCCGGAUUUUCAACAGCAUAGGAAACCUGGAAAGACACAAACUUAUUCACUCAGGGGUAAAAAGCCACGGGUGUGAACAAUGCGGCAAGUCGUUUGCUAGAAAGGAUAUGUUGAAAGAGCACAUGAGAGUCCAUGACAACAUCCGCGAGUAUCUAUGUGCAGAGUGUGGGAAAGGAAUGAAGACCAAACAUGCUCUGCGGCAUCAUAUGAAGCUUCACAAGGGCAUCAAGGAGUAUGAGUGUUUAGAGUGUCACCGCAAGUUUGCACAGAAAGUCAAUAUGCUGAAGCACUACAAAAGGCACACAGGCAUCAAAGACUUCAUGUGUGAGCUGUGCGGAAAGACAUUUAGUGAGAAGAACACAAUGGAGACCCACAAACUGGUACACACUGUAGGGAAGCAGUGGACUUGCUCGGUGUGCGAUAAGAAGUACGUCACGGAAUACAUGCUCCAGAAACACGUCCAGCUCACUCAUGACAAGGUGGAGGCUCAGAGCUGUCACCUGUGCGGAACCAAGGUCUCCACCCGAGCCUCCAUGAGCCGCCACUUACGGAGGAAGCACCCGGAGCCGCUUCUGGAGGACGAGGACGAUGAAGAGAUCCAGUCAGAUAAAUCACUGCGGCUGGCCGGAACCCACGUAGAAGAGGACAAGGAUGGCGAGGAGGAAGGAGUAACGCACGAGGACUCUGAGUUCAGCCAGUACAGCAGCAAGGAGGUUGAGUUCACUAGCGGAGCUGCGGAGGAGGAAGACGGCUCUGCUGUGGAGACUCUGCAGCAGGUCGUGGUGACAAUUAGUGAUGGGAACGUCCCCACCCCAUCUUGCACUGUGGGGCUGACCAAUAUCACCGUGACUCCUAUCACCACCACAGCGGGUGCCCAGUUUGCCAGCUUGCAGCCAGUCGCUGUGGGUCACCUGACUGGCUCCGACCGCCAGCUCCAACUGGACAGCUCCAUCCUUACUGUGACUUUCGAUGCAGUGAGCGGCAGCGCCGUGCUCCACAACCGGCCAGCUGAGCUGGCCAUCAGCGCGUCUCAGGAGGCCGCUGGCUCGCACCCCGUAGCACACUUCAUUAACCUCACCACCUUUGUGAACUCCAUAGCUCCCCUCGGGGGUCAAAUCGCCACAGAGGGACCCCUGACUUGGAGGGCAGUAACCGUGGGUGAAACUCCGCCCCCCACGGAGGAGGACACGCCCACAGAACAAACGGAGCAGGAACCUUCCCCGACACAAGCUGGCCAAACUAGUGAAGUGGAUUCCCAGGAGCCAAUGUACAGUUAUUAA